AUGGUUUUGUCUAUUAAACGUAAUUGUUCAGAUAUCGAUAUAAAUUUUGAUCACUGUAAAAAAAGAUGUUCUUCAACUGUAAGCUUUUCUACCGUUUAUAAAACUUGUCAGGACAAGUUUAACAACAACGACAUAGAUAUUACAAAAAAUAGUUCAAGUACAAGUGAUAGCAACAAUAAUAACUACAUCACUACAACUACUACAAAUAACAAUUCAAAGAUCUUUAGAAGGUCGAAUUCUUUUACUGUAAAGAAAAAUGUCAUCCCAAACACUCUACUAAAACAUGACCUAAUUGCAAGAGAAAGGUGUUUCGAUUACAUCGUACAAUGUAUCGACGAGGUUUGGGGUAGAUACUGCAAUGCUACUUCAACUGCAGAAAAUUUGGUGUAUAAUAACGACCCUCUUCAAAUUAAAGCGAAUAACCUAUCACCGAAUAAUAAUAUAAUGAACAACAACAACAAUAACGAAAAUAAUUACAAUAUCGAUGAUACUGAAACUAAUAGCAGUGCCACUGUAAAUAUUAUACCUUCACUAUCAAGCCAUAACCACAACUUUAAACCUUUAAACAUCUCUGAUUUGGAUGACGAUUUCUCAACAGAUGAUGAAUUAAGUGGCUAUAAAUCAGAAGCUACCAACCUAACGGAGUAUGAAACUGAUAGUGGCAACGAUCUAAGAACCAUUUCAAAAUUACCAGAUUCAAUGAAACUACAAUCUUUGAAACUAAGACUGGUAAAAGCUAAAAAUGAUCUGGAUCAAUUUUAUUUAUCUGAAAACUUAAAUGAUUGUAUCUCAUUCUGGAUACGCUGGGAUAUGAUCAAAUAUAACGCAGUUGAAAUGAUGGAAGAGGAUGACGACGAUGAAGUCAUCGAAUCUAUUAUCGAAGAGCUGGAGAUGGGAAGAUACUACAGGGACUAA